GCCGCCGGCGCCCCGUGCGUCCCGCCCCCGGCCGCGCGCUGAUUGGCCGCGGGCGCCAACCGUCGGUAUUUGAAUCGGCGGCGGGCGGACGGCGUUCCGGACUCGGCGGCGCCUCCCGCUCCUUCGGCUUUGUAUGGCCGCCGGCAGGAUGAGUCUGCAGAUCUGCAACGAUGAAAACGUCACUGGUGACAAAAGUGCAGAAAACUGUGAGUUCCUGUUUUCGCCACCAGAACCUACCGGAAGAUUAUCUGUGCUUCGUCUGUCCCAGAAAGAAAAUGUGCCACCCAAGAGCGUAGUCAAAGCUACGAAAGUGACUUUUCAGACUCCUCUGCGAGACCCACAGACGCACCGCAUCUUGAGUCCUGGCAUGAGCAGCAAGCCCGAGGCUCCUUUUGCUCUGGAGGACACUGUUGGGCUGGAAAAUUCUCACCAAAACUGGGCCCAGAAACAGAACCAACAGUUCACCAAGGAAGUUGACACCAAAAUGACCAAUGGAAUUGUCCAGAAACCAUUGAUGGGCAAUGCCAGCCUGCCUCCAGGGGAUGUGAGACCAGCCUCUGAAGAUAGGCCGUAUUCCAGUGGACCCACCUCUGCUCCCCUGGCCAGCCUGGGUCCCUCAAGCUCUCCCCAGAUGCCAGAAAGUCUUGAAAAUCAAGUGGCAUCUCUAGGACAAACGUCUGGGAGCCCUGAGCAAGCCUUGGAGGAAAAUGCGUGUUCUUGUUUCUUCGAGGAAAGUAUUAUAUCCACCUCAGAAAUCCUAGAAGACCCUUCCCAGAUGGCUCUCGAGGACAGAACGGAAGGUCCUCGUGGGGCUGCCAGAGAAAGCUCCAGCCGGGUCCCUGCUUCCUCAGCCGGGGCUACUUUGCCCCCUGCUACUCUCCUCAAAGGAGCAGGUGGAGAAGGGCCCCUCGAAGACCUGCCUGGCGAGGCCCCCGCUGGCCCUGAAGACACUUCUGGUCCUGGGAACACCAUCCUGGACGGCCCCCUGAACGCUGGAGGGGCCACAUCCCCAAGUCCUCAGAAGGAAGAAGCCGACGGCCAGCAGGCUGCCUCUUGGAGGCGCGGGCCCACAGGGCUAGAAUUUGAUUUGUCUGCCAAUGCCGUCAGCAGAGGGAAAGCGGGGAAGGGACCCAGCCUGAAACCUCCCUCUAGGAUACCAGAGCCGAGGCAGGAAAAGGCACCCGAGGAGGCAGGUGAGGGGCCCGUUCCCCUCCCCCGGGGGUCUUACGACCUGGAUUGGAGCAAGCUGGAUGACCCGAACUUUAACCCAUUUGAAAGUGGAGGAGAGACCCUACCCCCAGAGUGCCCCCAGAGCAGGCCCGCAGCGACUGUGACCAAGCAGCCGCAGGCCGGCCUGGAGGCCACAGGGCACUGCCCCCUGAGCCAGCAGGUGCCUUCGGCCUCAGCAGAUGACAUACCCGUGACGCAGACCGCGGCAGGGACCCCGGGCGCAGGGGGCGAGGACCUUCGGCUGCCCCAGGGUGCCCCCACGGAGCCAUCCUCCUUCCAGGAGGGAGCCGCGGGCCGUGCCAGUGCGUCAGCACCGCCCCCUCCUCCGCACGGGCCGGAGCCCCCCUCGGACCUGGAUGAGGAGCACUUCCGAGACCCCGCUGAGGUUCUAGGCACGGGGGCCGACGUGGACUAUCUGGAGCAGUUCGGGAGUUCCUCGUUUAAGGAGUCAGCCCUGAGGAAACAGUCCCUGUACCUCAAGUUUGACCCGCUCCUGAAGGACAGCCCUCAGAGACCGGUGCCCGCGGCCCCGGACGCCAGCAGAGGCCGAGCCCGAGCACUUGCAACCGGCCGUGCGACCCACGAACCCGAGGACGGUUCUUCUCUGGGCUUUGGGGGAAACAGGUGCGAUUACCUUCCCUUGUGGGGUCUCAGCGCACAGGACGUGGCUGCGCCGUCCUCGGGAAGCCUGCCCGAGGCGAAGCUGCUGGACCUGGACUUCCUAGGAGCCCCGGGCGCUGCCGUGCUGGAUGCCCCUCCGUGCAUCUUCGGGCCUGGGGGUCCCCUGCUGCCCACGGGCCCCAUCGUGGGCUCCAUCGUGGAGGUGCCACAGUAUAGCCAGAAGGACAUGGACGCGGCGGUGGAAGCCGCACGACAGGAGAACGUGCUGCUCAGGAGCAGGUGUGAGACGCUCCACGCGAAAAACCUGGAAAUGGGGAAGAUAAUGGACGGGUUCGAGGGGAUCGUGUACCAGGCGAUGGAGGAGGCUCAGAAACAGAAGGAACUCGCAAAAGCUGAGAUCGAGAAGAUUCUGAAGGAGAAAGAGCAGCUGACUGCAGACCUGAGCUCCAUGGAAAAGUCUUUCUCUGACCUGUUCAAGCGGUUCGAGAAACAGAAGGAGGUGAUCGAGGGGUACCGCACGAACGAAGAGUCGCUGAAGAGAUGCGUGGAGGAUUACAUAGCGAGGAUUGAAAAGGAGGCCCAGCGGUACCAGGCCCUGAAGGCCCACGCGGAGGAGAAACUCCAGCGCGCCAACGAGGAGAUCGCCCAGGUGCGCAGCAAGGCCCAGGCGGAGGCCUUGGCCUUCCAGGCCAGCCUGAGGAAGGAGCAGACGCGCGUCCAGUCACUGGAGAAGACGGUUGAGCAGAAGACUAAGGAAAACGAGGAACUGACCCGAAUCUGUGAUGACCUCAUUUCCAAGAUGGAGAAGAUCUGACCAGGAGGCCCCUUCCCAGCACCCCUGCCCCGUCUGUCUGUCCGUCUGUCUGUCUGUCUGUGGAAGGUGUCGUGUUCUUUCUUUUUUCUUCACUUCGGCUCGUUUUUAAAUUAGAUUGCUUUAACAAGAAGACUAAUAAAGUUUCCCUUCGGUUCAA